GUUGGUGGACUUGCUGUGCCUUGAAGCAAACAGCAGGGGGCGCUGUUGCUGCAUCAGAAAGCCGUUAAAACUUCAGGCCCAAAUGUUCGCAGUAAAUAUUUGAGUCCAGACUAACAGAUGCCUCUGGAUGUAACAUAUGACGAGAGGAAGGUGGUUCAGUUUUGCAGCUGGUCGUUAAAGCAACCGGAAGCUUUUAAAACUUCUCCAGCAUGUGGCUUUGAUCCUGAGCGACAGCACGAAGAGCCAAUCAGAGAGCAGCUUGUUGGACACGCGUAAAGGUGAGUGAGCGUCGCUUCAGCGUCAGUCUGCAGACUACCUGUUUGUUCCCUCAAACUGGCCCAGCAGCUGCGGAAACACCUGGAAACUUCCCCGCAGGGCAGAUCGGGUUCUCCAGCGCGGUGAUGCCGGGCAGGCCGCGGGCAGCUCGGCCGCACUGAGGUCCUGAGUCCCGGCCGCCGACAGCCGCAGGGAGCCGGGCGGUGAGCCGCGGAGAGCCGCGGGCAGCCCGGGCAGCCGGGCCGGGAGGAAGCCGCUCUGCUGGAUGGGUCUGUGCAGGAGCCCGGAUGGGAUGCACGGUGAGCUUCAUCUGCUGCGAAGACGACUUUCUGCAGAUGCCCCUUUACCAGCAUGAGGAUGAGGAGAAGAAAGAGCCAGAAGAGUUGGAGGCGCUCCACUCUCACACGUUCCGGGUGAAAACCUUCAAGAAGACGAAGCGCUGCGGCGUCUGCAGACAGAACAUCGCGCAGGACGGACUGGUCUGCAGAGUUUGCCGAACGGCGUGCCACAAGAAAUGUGAAGCCAAGGUGUCGUCUUCUUGUGUUCCAGCCACAAACUACGAGCUGGCUCCCAGCACCAGCCUCGCUCUCAAGCAUGCAGACACCAUGGUGAGUCCAGACUGACUCUUU